AUGCAACGAAAUAAUAUCAUACCCAUUUCAUUUGCUGAAUAUCUUAAUGGAAAUACUGGUGUUGUAUCUACAAAUAAUGUUAAAAAAAAAAAUAAUUCAGAUUUUAAACCUGUUAAACAACAGAAAAAAGAAUCUAAUAUUGAUGAAAAGGAAAAAAAGAAUGAAUUAAUGGAUGAUGAAAAAAUCGAAUUGAAUAAAGAAAUCAAUAAAUUAGAAAAAGAAAAUGAUAAAUUAACUAAGGAUAGAAAUAAUAUAAUCAAAAAAUUAUUCAAAUUAAAAGAAACCUUAGAAAGUCUUUCGAAAAGAAAAAUUAUUAACGAAGAUAUAAUCAAAGAAAUAGAAAAAACAUCUAAAUCAACUCUUGAUUUUCCUGUUAAAAACAAUAAAAAAUCAUCUAUAAAAGAUAAAACAAUUUCCAAAGAUGUGAGACAACAACAAAAACUUAGCUUCUUUCAAAAACAACUUAGAAAUUUAUCUUAUCAAAAUUUAAAAAAUGCUAGUAAUAAAUCAACCUCAAUAAAUAUUCCUAACUUACCAUGUGAUAUCAUCUGUGAUCUAGAAGAAAUUAGUGAAGAUGAUGAUUUUGGUUCUUUUAACACUGAAGUAGUAGAAAUAACUGAUGAAAAAUUAGAUGGUGGUGAAAUAAAAUACGGUAAAAAUGUUUACAUAGCUGAUAAUAUCGCUACAAAUUCCUUAAUAAUGGUAAAUAAAUUCAGUCAAAGUUUUUCAAAAGAUCUUCCUAAAGCAUCUAAAUUAAGAUUACACGGAUUCUUUAACGAAAUUAAUAUGAGUAUCGUGUUAAAUACCGGUGCUAACAGUAUAACUAUUAACCCUGAACAAAGGAUAAACAUAUACGAACCACCUGGUAAUUUCAUAGUAAUAUUAGCUUUCUUAAUCGGAAAAAAAACUGGAGAUCCUAAUGAAAAAGAAAAUGAAAGAAAUUUUCUCUUCAUGAAAAAUAAUAUUGAAUUACAAGAUAUUUUUAAAAAGGGUACAUAUAGAUUUGAUAAUACUGAUGGAAUGCCAUAUGGUGUAAAAAGAGCAGAUGAAGAAAAUGGUUUGAUAAUCUAUUGUUGUGAUAAAGAAACAAUAACUAACACUAAAGGACAACAAAGUACCGUUAUCGGAUAUCAACCAAAUGUUAUUUGGGUUUUAACUGUAACAUUUGCUCCAGAUAUAAUGAAAAAAAAUAUAGAGAAUAGUUUAAGAUUACCAAACAUGGAAUAUAACAAUGAUAUUACAUUCUUUGGUUCAAGACCUAAAUUUCCUAUACAUUCUGGACCUUUUCUCAUUGUUAAUAAAGCGAUUCCUAUCAUGGCUUACGAAACUAACAUAGACAGUGUAUCAAAUCUCAAACAAGCAAGUGGAUCUGCGUUGAAACAAUUAGUAGAUGCUAUAAAAUAUGCUAUAGAAAAUCCUGAUGUUCCACUUGAUUCUGUUUCUCCUAGUGCUUCUCCUGGUCCUUUUGAUCCUUCUGGUCCUUCUGAUGCUUCUGAUAUCUUAAGAUAUUACAACAAAAAAAUAAAUGAAAAAACAAAAUUCAUAGAUUUACAGCCUAAAAGUAAAUUAUACGAUCAGAUACAAAAAGAUGAUAGAUUAGGACCUUGGCAAAUUAAAGAAUUGAAUAACAAUAUCAAACAAAAAGGAAAUGAAUUAAUCGAAAAAUUCAUCACACGUAAUAUUGAGUCAAUAUGUCAUAAAUAUGUAAAUUACGAUACACAUAAUAAAAUUAUCAAUGAAUACAAACCAGAAAACAUAUCAACUUGUCAAUAUCCUAUUAUUAAAAAUAAUUUUGAUAGGCUUUUUAAUAUUAUAUGGGAUGAAUACAUGUUAAAACAUAAUCUCAUGUCAGCACCAAUAUAUCUUUCUGGAAUUAAUAAAUAUGGUGAUUACGUAGAUAAACAAAACAACAAAAAUAGAUUAAACUUAAAAGAAAUAACAUAUGAUAAUUUUAAAUCUUUAUUAGAAAAUGACCAAAAAGAUAUUUUGGAUUAUUGUGAAGCAGGAAAAUAUGAAAAAAUAAUCAAUAGUAAUGAAAUAUUGAAAAAACAUAGUCUCAAAUUACACAAAAUAAGAAAAAACAUAUGUGAAAGAAUGAAAGAAGAAUUACCUGAAAAAGAAACUUUUUUAAUCAACUUUAUGAAAAAUAAUAAAAAUUCCAAUUUCUUAAUUAAUCAUGAUAAUUUAAAUCCUAUUGAUACUUAUUGGAUAUUUAAAAAAAUCGAUAAAUUAAACGUAAACAUAAAAGAUAAAAAUUUUAACAAAAUGAUAAUAUCCACAUUCAUCAAAGAUCUUAACAAAUGCAAUCAAGAAUAUGAAAAUAUAUGUGUACCUGAAAUACUUAAAAUUAUCAAAUCAGAAAUUAAUUGUAAAGAGUUAAUCACUAAUGGAUUAUAUGAUUCGUUAUUAAAAGAUGAAAAUUUUAACAAAUUAGUUAAACUGAAUAUAAAUGAAAUCAACGAAAUACAUCAUCACAUCGCAAUACAAAAAACAAAAUUAAAAACAUAUUGCAUGACCGAUUUUAUUAUAGAUGAAUUUUCAACAAAUAAUAGAUUUGAAAAUUUUUUCAAUGAUGAAAAUAUGGAUAGAUUGAUGAAAUUAGAAAAAAAAACAAACAUGAAUGAAUAUAUCGAUAGAUUAUUAACUAUAUCAGAAUCUUUAAAAAAUAAUGAACUUUACUAUCCUGAAUCUCCUAACUUAUUCUCAGAAUUUUUAGAUUAUGAAAAAGAUUUACGUAAAGAUUAUAUCAAAGACAAUGGUCCUAUAGAUACUUUAAUUAAAUCAUCAAACAUACCAAAUGAUGCUAAAAUAAACUUUGAAAAACGAAGAUUGGAAAUAUUACACAGAAAAAUUCCUGAACCUGAAAAACUAAAAGAACCUAAACAUCCUAAAGAUCCUGAAAAAAUCUUAUUUGAUGAAUUGAAAAGAAAAAUUAAAAAUCAUGAUAAAGAUAAUGCAGAUAAAUUAUUAAAUUAUGGAGAUUUAGAAGAAGAAAUAAAUAACGCAAGCUUAUCAAAUGAUAAAAUCGAAAAACUACAACAACUAAGAAAUGAUAGAUUAAAUGAACUCAUAUCUGAAAAAAUCAAUGAAUUAGAAAAUAAAAUUAGAAUAUCAAAAACUCAAGGAGAAAUAGAUGAUAUAUCAGAUUAA